AUGUUUCUUUUAUUAUUCGUUUUAAUUGUGACUGAUUUAACACUAGCUUCAGAUUCUCUUCAGGAUACAUCAGCUUAUAAUAAAAAUGUGGCAAAAAGUGUGAAAAAAUCCAAUAUAGGGGCUCUAGGUUUUUUUGCUGCUAUAACAAACAAUCAAGUAUCUGUUAAUAAAACCUACUUCGAAAGAGACGAAAAUCAGCUUCGGAUACCAAAGAAUAUAUAUGAAGAUCCCAAAAAGAAGAAAAUAAAAAAGGUACCAAAACGUACUAUACAGAAGAUAAUUAAGAAAGGAAAGAAUAGAAGUAGAAAGAUAUACGUGAAUCCUGCAACGAGGUCGCCAACAAAUCCUCCCAUUAAAUACUUAGAGCAAGACAGCAACGAAGGAUAUAGUCCUAGGAAAGAGGAAGUAACAACAGAUUCUAAUUCAAGGAAAAAACCAAGAAAGAGCCCCAAAUUUGCAAGAUAUCCAAUGCCGUUUCACAAAUUUCAGAACAGAAAAGACGGACAUAACAGAUUUCGGAGACAAUUAGAGAGAGACGAUGUAUAUAUACUUAAAGAUUUAGACGAAAUCAAGUUCCUGAGCAAAGAAAAAGAUUAUAAUAUUAUUCAGGCAAACGUUCAGAAGCAUUGGUGA